GCAGCGGGGCGAGUGUUGCGCCUUUACUGCGGCAGUUACGGUCGACCGCUCGAGUCCGCAGUGGCCAGACCCGAGCACGUGAUAACGGCGCGCGCGCGCACACACACACACACAGAGAGAGAGAGAGAGAGCGACCCUCCAGUCUCCAUCUAUCCCGCAGAGCAGCGCGGAUGAAACACCGGUCACCUUCGGAGCAGCAUCACGGGAAAAGGCCCCGUGCUCCCGCCGCGGCCGCCUCCUCCUGCUCCUGCUCCUCCGCCCCCGCCCCGCCGCGAGACGGAAUGGAGGCCGACAAACCGCCGUCGAAUCCGCGGGAGCUCACCCAGAACCCGCUGAAGAAGAUCUGGAUGCCGUACAAAAACGGCCUGCCCGAGAAGCACAUCUCCCAGAGGAAGGUAUGUAUGACCAACUGUCCCACCCUGAUCGUGACAGUGGGUCUUCCUGCCAGGGGGAAGACCUAUAUCUCCAAGAAACUGACCCGCUAUCUCAACUGGAUCGGGGUGCCCACCAGAGAGUUCAACGUUGGCCAGUACAGGAGAGAUUUUGUGAAGAUCUACAAGUCCUUCGAGUUCUUCCGUCCGGACAACGAGGAGGGGUUAAAGAUCAGGCGACAAUGUGCUUCGGCGGCGUUGAAUGACGUGAGACAGUACCUCACUGAAGAAGGAGGCCAAGUGGCAGUGUUUGAUGCAACCAACACCACCAGAGAAAGAAGAGAAACCAUCAUCCAGUUUGCUGAGCAGAAUGGAUUUAAGGUGUUCUUUGUGGAGUCUGUGUGUGAAGACCCAGAUGUCAUACAGGAGAACAUCGUGCAAGUGAAGCUGGGCAGCCCAGACUACACCAACUGUAACACAGAGGAAGCGGUGGAGGAUUUCAUGAAGAGGAUCAAGUGUUACGAAAACUCCUACGAGACACUGGAUGAAGUUCUGGACAGGGAUCUCUCCUACAUUAAAAUCAUGGAUGUGGGUCAGCGCUAUCUGGUGAACCGGGUGUUGGACCAUAUCCAGAGCCGGAUCGUCUACUACCUCAUGAACAUCCACAUCACGCCGCGCUCCAUCUACCUGUGCCGCCAUGGCGAGAGCGAGCUCAACGUCAAGGGAUGCAUCGGAGGAGACUCUGGCCUCACUCCAAGAGGCAAAGAGUUUGCAAAGAAGCUGAACCAGUUCAUCCAGGAGCAGGGCAUCAGCGACCUGAAGGUGUGGACCAGUCAGAUGAAGAGGACCAUCCAGACAGCCGAGGCCCUCUGCGUGCCAUACGAGCAGUGGAAGGUCCUGAACGAGAUUGAUGCAGGCGUGUGUGAGGAGAUGAUGUACGAGGAGAUCCAGGGGAACUAUCCUCUGGAGUUUGCCCUGAGGGACCAGGACAAAUACCGCUAUCGGUAUCCGAAAGGAGAGUCCUAUGAAGACCUGGUGCAGCGGUUGGAGCCGGUCAUCAUGGAGCUGGAGAGGCAGGAGAAUGUGCUGGUCGUCUGUCACCAGGCCGUCAUGCGCUGCUUGCUGGCCUAUUUCCUGGACAAGACAGCAGAGGAACUGCCGUACCUGAAGUGCCCAUUGCACACUGUGCUGAAGCUCACGCCGGUGGCCUACGGCUGUAAAGUGGAGUCCAUCAGCUUAAACGUGGACGCGGUCAACACACACAGAGAAAGACCAGAGAAUGUGAACAUCCAUCGCACGACUGAAGACGCCCUGCAGACCGUCCCUGCUCACCUCUGACACGCUGCUGCUGCUGCUGGAGUCCUCAGAGGAUGAAGUUGGACAUCUCUCUCUUUUUUUUUUUUUUUUUAAGGGACCUCGGGGCACGAUGAGUGUUUUGGACUCUGUUUAGGUUUGAAAGACAGAUGGUGUGGCACUCAGCGUAGUAGUUAUGAAUCAUAAUUUAAAAACUUUGGUCACAGCGGUUUGUUACAAUAUUUAGUGUGGCCUCGUUUGUGUUGAUAUUGUGCACCACUGGAGGUGUCUGCAAUAUGUUUCUAAGUAUUAACCAUGUUGUUCUCAUCAAGUGGUCAUCUGACUUCCUGCUACAUGUUUGAGGUGUUACUGCUUUGUGCAAUCAUUGCUUCACGUGGAGGCGUCUUCAGUGACGAUGUGGAAUUUGAGUACAGGCCUCCUCGAAAAAAUAUAAAACUACGAAGCCAACUCUGUUUGGACAAUGUGGUGAAUUAAAUAAUAAAUAAAUGGACUGGGUCAUUAUUAAUGUAUUCUAUGGUGAAAACAUACACUUCACAUUUUAAUUUUAUAUUGAUUAAUACAAAAAAUAGCUUAUCUUGAGCUGUGUGGUCGACAGCAAAUACAUGAUUUUAUGUGCAAUAGAUGUGUUAUGUAAACGAUGAUUACUCUCAAACUGCCAAUGACAAUAAAAUAUGCCUUUAAAACUCUUUGUGAAAAAUGCAACUGACCACCAAGUUAUUGGAAAUUGAAAACUGUAACAUUAGCUCAAAGCUGUAGAUGUGGGUCAUAACUCUACUAUAAUAAAGAUGUUAUUUUCAUACACCAA